CUUCCUGAAACAAGCUUUAGGAAUCGUACAUGUAUACACUUUUUUAAUCUUAGAUGAUUACAGUACAUUGGUAUUUGUGUAAUGGCAACAGACUUUGAGUCAAUACAGUCGUCAAGGAGUGUUCAGAGUGCAGAUAUUAAAUACCCCAACUCAGCGUCGACGAGGUAUGGGAUGAGACAUAAAUGGACAUCUUAUGAAUCCAGCUUCUGAAUGAUGAGACCUGACCUAUGGAUUUAGCUCUUAAGGAUAUGCACUGUAAUGUAUAAGCACUUGGCUGCCAUGAGAAGCACCUUCAGCGGUGACAAGGUUUUCCAUCUCAACAAAGUAAAUGUGUUUCUGCUGAAAUGUCUGGGUUUCCUUUUUGCUAUUGUUUUGUUCAUGGAAUUCUUGCUUUACUACGUUGUGAUUGGGCAGUGCAGCUGGCCAGAUAUUAAGGGUGUGGCAGAUCACAACACUGGAUCCACUCUGAGGGUCAUGUUUUUAGCAGACACACACCUUCUUGGAGAAAUCAGGGGCCACUGGUUUGACAAAUUACGAAGGGAAUGGCAGAUGGAGAGAUCAUACCAGGCUGCUCUCUGGUUACUACAGCCCAACCUUGUCUUCAUCUUAGGUGAUCUGUUUGAUGAAGGUAAAUGGAGCCGUACAAAGGCUUGGGAUGAUGAUGUUGCACGAUUCAAGAAAAUGUUCAGACACCCUCCUCACACUGAGCUGAUGGUUGCUGUCGGAAACCAUGACAUUGGAUUUCAUUAUGAAAUGACUCUUCAUAAACUAAAGCGUUUUGAAAAGGCUUUUAAUAUAACUUCCGGAAAAUUAGUAUCUCGCAAUGGAAUCAAUUUUGUUGUAGUGAAUAGUGUUGCUCUGGAGGGUGAUAACUGUGUUAUAUGCAGAGAAGAAGAAGAGCAACUUCUCAGGAUUUCUCACAGGCUCAACUGCUCCAGAAUGCAAAAACAUGCUGAUUUUAGUAAAAGAUGCAGAAAUGUCCGACCUGUUUCAGCAACUUCACCAAUCCUGCUACAGCACUAUCCCCUAUAUAGAAAAAGUGAUGCAGAAUGUACUGGUGAAGAUGCUGCUUCUCCAGAGGAAAAGAAAGUCCAAUUUAAAGAGAAAUAUGAUGUCCUAUCCCAUAAUGCAUCUGAGAAGUUACUUAAUUUACUUCAACCAAGGUUAAUCUUAAGUGGUCACACACACAGUGCUUGUGAAGUGCUUCAUAGAGGAGAAAUCCCUGAGAUCAGCGUUCCUUCCUUCAGCUGCAGGAACAGAAAGGAUCCCAGCUUUAUUAUGGGGAGCUUCACUGCUGAUGAUUUCUCUCUUGCUAAAUGCUUCCUUCCAACGGAGAACACAAUUAUCAAUGUCUAUAGUAUGGGAAUUGUACUUCUCAUGAUUUAUGUAGCAGCUUACAUCUGGCAAGUUACCUAUGGGAGAAAGUUCCUGGCAAAAAAGCACAAGCCAGGGUGAUGUAGUAAAAAAGGCACUAAAAAAAACCACACUUCAUCCACAACUUGUAAUGGGACACCAGAUGUGAAAUUAGCCCCAAAGCGAACACCUUGCAAGUUUUUUGUUUUCUAGAAUAGACCAGUACAUUUUACCAAAUAUAUAUUUAUUAAAUGAUGUACCUGUACAAUAUGUGACUUAUCUAUAAGGAGAAAAAAAAACUUCAUUGAUUUAUAGCCUUACCACUUGUUUGCACGAGGUUUAAAUGUCCUACAGUGCUGACCACAUGAGUGUGCAAUAUGCCUUGUCUUUAGGUCUCUGCUAGUGUAAAACCUUCUACUAAAGGGUUCAUUUUUCUACAUUCAUAUCAAACAACAUUUUGUAAUAAAAGGUCCAAACUUUGUUAUUUUAUAAUGAAAUUAAUAAAUGAUGAUUGUAAUUUU